AUGGCUUCUCUGCCCCCUCGGUUUCCUGCCCCCGCUCGCUCCCCUGGGGAGGCCGGGGAUGCCGGCGAGGAGCUGCGGGGAGAGGGCGUGAUGGCGGCGGUGAUGGACUACUUCAGGUCGUGCUGGGGCGCGCGGUCCCGGGCCGGGCGGCGGGGCAAGAAGGGCUCGGACGCCGCCGGCCGCCAGGACGGGCUGCUGUGGUACAAGGACGCCGGCCAGGCGGCCACCGGCGACUUCUCCAUGGCGGUGGUGCAGGCCAACAACCUGCUGGAGGACCAGAGCCAGGUGGAGUCCGGCUCGCUCUCCAUGGCCGACCCCAGCCCGCAGGGCACCUUCGUCGGCGUCUAUGACGGCCAUGGCGGCCCGGAGACCUCCCGCUUCAUCAAUGACAACAUGUUCCACCAUCUCAGAAGAUUUGCAACCGAGCACAAGUGCAUGUCGGCCGAUGUGAUCCGGAAAGCCUUCCAAGCAACCGAGGACGGCUUCCUUUCCGUAGUCAGCAAGGAAUGGUCUAUGAAGCCUCAGAUCGCAGCAGUGGGCUCUUGCUGCCUGGUUGGCGUGAUUUGCUCCGGAACUCUCUACAUCGCAAACGCCGGUGACUCGCGUGCGGUUCUCGGAAGGCUUGUCAAGGCGACCGGUCAGGUUGUGGCCAUGCAGUUAUCGGCAGAGCACAACGCGUGCUAUGAGGAAGUUAGGCAGGAGCUACAGUCAUCACACCCUCAUGAUCCACAAAUCGUGGUUCUGAAACACAACGUUUGGCGUGUGAAGGGCCUCAUCCAGAUCUCAAGAUCUAUCGGAGAUGUAUAUCUGAAAAGACCAGAGUAUAACAGAUCACCUCUACAUAGCAAGUUUCGGCUCCGGGAAACCUUCAAGAAGCCAAUUCUUAGUUCUGAACCUGCGAUUGCUGUUCACCAAAUACAACCGAGUGAUCAGUUUGUUAUAUUUGCUUCUGACGGGCUAUGGGAGCACCUCAGCAAUCAGGAAGCAGUUGACCUUGUCCAAAGUAACCCUCGUAAUGGGAUCGCUCGAAAGCUAGUGAAAGCCGCGAUGCAAGAGGCGGCCAAGAAGAGGGAGAUGAGAUACUCGGACCUGAAGAAGAUCGAGCGUGGGGUGCGGCGGCAUUUCCAUGACGACAUAACGGUGGUCGUGGUGUUCCUGGACGCGAGCGCGGUGAGCAGGGCGGGGUGGAGCAAGAGCCCGCCGGUGUCGGUGCGAGGGGGCGGCGUGAGCGUCCCUGCCAACUCCCUCGCGCCUUUCUCGGCCCCCACCAUGGUGAGCAGCACCUACUGA